AUGAUUGCCAUCGCUCAAGUGCUUCUGCAACCUGGGCUUUCGAAGCAGGAGGUGAGGCGUGGUAAGGGCCUCACGCGUCUGCUUCUGCGAGCUUUGGCCAAAGAUGCCCAGCCCUGCCACAACUCAGAGUGGGUGUCCUUGGCCGGGGAGCUGCAGCUAAUUGGAUUAGCCCAUGGUGAUGCGGCGCUAUCAAAGCGCAGCGCGGAGGCGGCAACCCUGAUCCGGGCGACGGGCGACGUCGCUGCGGCUGCAGAUCUGCUUUGGGUCUUCCUCACUGCAAAAGCUCUCGAGGAGAACCUAAUCAAUGCCGUGGAAGCCUUGGCUCUAGAUCAGUGUUCUAGCGCCCUCUCCAACGUGACAAGCGCAAUCGCAGCCAUCUUGUGCGCAUUGGCCCAGCCUUGUGUCGGCAAGAUUCUUGGCAUCAAACGCCUGCUGCGUCUUGCCGCGCGAUGUGCGGAGCACGUGGCUUCAAGGGUCCAGGAGCUGCCUGUUGGAUCUCUGCCCCGCUUGGCCUUGGCCUUGGCUGAGCUGCUGGAAAUGGGUCAGGGAAACAAGGAAAGCUCCUGGCAAAGCCUGGGACAAGCUUUGUCUGCUGUGAGCAGUGCCGCAGCUCUUCGGCUGCCAGAGCUUUCCCUGGAAGAUCUGGCAGACUUCUGCGUCGCCUUAUCCUUGGCAGAAUGCAGCGACCUCAUAGAUGCCUUUGCCAUGGAAGUUAGCUGGCGAAUCAAGGGCCACUCGAAGGCCGCAGUGCCCAUCCCGGGAGCUGCUGUCGUUCUUCGUGCAACCGUUGGCCCCUGGCCUCCUGAUUCUCGUGGUUUGCUUGGGGAGUUCUGCCUGGCUUCGGGGCGCUGGCGUGUGUGGCUGGACUGUGGCGUGGGCGUGGAUGCAAGUGAGCGGGACUUUGAGCUCUUAGAUAACGGCGCUCGACCGCAGCGAUGCUGCUACGAGUGUUGGCGCCUGUCGCCGCGGCUGUGGAGAACAGCCGCAGACUCUACACGAGAAUUCUGCGACCAAUGUUGUCCGAAGCGUGGCCUGGCAGAGGACGUCCCAAAGGAUCCAUGCCUGCGGGGUAUGGAAGACCUCCCGCCAGGUCUUGGGCACUCAUCGCGGGCGUUGGCUCGCAUCUCGCUGGCUCUUACUCGCGCACAGCGGCCCCAGGCUCAUUUGCUCCGGCAGUUCCGCACCUCGGCGGAACAGCUCUACAACAAGGUCACACAGGAGCUUCCCUUCGACCCACAGCUGGGCCUGUCCACGCCAAGUGCCUUGGCAAACUCUGCACCAGACAUCCCGGUCUUCGUGGUGAAUCUGGAUCGGAGCCCGCAUAGGCUAGGGGACAUGCGCCGAGAAGCCCAUCGCUGCAAGCUGCGGGCACGACGCUUCGCCGCAACGGAUGGCCGGCACCGCGUGGUGCGGCGCAGCCAGGGGCAGCCUUACACCCGAGAUUUGACAAACUUUGCCUUACGCUGGGAUGAGGUGCGCCCCGCGAUUGGUGUAGCGCUCACAGCCGACCAGGAGAGGCACUACGUCGGCUAUGCUGGGUCCUGGCUAUCUCACAUGAGGGCCUUGCGACAAGGCUUCGAAGAAGGAGCUCCUUUCGUCGUGGUGCUCGAGGAUGACCAGGUGCUCAGCGCUGACUUUAACGAUGUGCUGCAGGACAUCAUUGACUGCGCUGGGGACGUCCUGGAUGUUAUCAUCCUUGGCCCAUUGGAUUGGCGACUGCGCAGCCUACAGUACGCGCAACGCCGGAAGGUUAUGCAGCUGAGGCAGCCGUGUUCUGCGUCGUGUUCGGAGGAAGAAGCGUUCAUGGCAGAGCUGUAUGGCUACAAGCCCACCCUGCAGCAGGAGAACACAUACUUUCUGUAUUCCAUUGGCUCCAGGGCAAUGACUGGCGAGGACUUGCUCUCGACCGGCUGCUGCGGUGUUUGGGGUUAUCUGGUCAGCCGCCGUGGAUGCCAGAAGGUCGAGGCCUCCAUGAAGUUCAUGUGGGAGUCCUUCGAUGACGUCCUGCAAGCUGAGCUACAAGGCGACAAUCGCUUCACAGACUUUGUUGGCAGCUAUCGUCUCUGGGCAGUCUGGCCGCCACUGGUCACCUCGGAUGGGAAGUGGCCAUCGCAGAAUUCCGGGGAAGACUUGGAGUUGGGUCGGCAGCUGGCGCCUGUUAGCCCUCACGCCGGCUUCCGUGACCACUCCCUGCAGAUCCAGGCUCCGUUGCUGAACCUAAUAUACUAUAAUACAGUUUAA